UACGGAACAGCUCGGACUUUUUGGUUAAAUGUAACAACAAAUAAAAACGUAAACAAGGUCUCUUGCAAAUGGCAGAGGAAGAUAUUUUGCCACUUUUAGCCAUUAAUAUUCCACCUGAUGAUGAUGACAGUUCCGACAGUAAUAGUGAUGGAAGUCAUGCAGAAGAAAUGGAUGAGAAUAUGGCAGAUGAAGAAGAUGAUGAUGAUGAUGAUGUAGAAGGGGCCAAACCUUCAGAAAGCCGGUCAUUUGACCAAGCCUUACCCAGCUCACAUUCAUAUCUGGGUACUGACCUGGAGGAGAUCAGCGGAAGAACGAUACUGGAUGAUGACAUGGAGAUAGAGUUGCCCCUGGUGACGUUGCCGGGGACAAUCCUUGUGCCCGGCCACAUCAUUCCCCUGUACUCCCACAACCAACAUGAGGUUGCAAUGCUGAAAGGAGUUGUGGAUUCACCACAUAAAACAUUUGGUGUUGUAGCCCUCAGAUAUGAGGAACAUCGUCAUGUAAUUGCCAGUAUAGGAACAACAGCAGAGAUAUACAGCGUAAAGAACGAGAUGCAUGAGGGCUCGGGGAUAUCAACGAUAACAGUCCUUGCCCAGGGUAGACAGAGAUUUGAGCUGGUCAACUACAGAAGAACUAUAACUGGGGUAUUGUUGGGGCAAGUUAAAAUCCUACCUGAGACAGAACUUGGUGACAUGUUGGAAGGUAUACGACCCCCGAUGCACUGUCGGUUGUGUUCCCCGGGCAAUGAGGAUGAGGAGGAUGUGAAGGUUGCCAUGGAUAAACAAGGGAGAAUACUCUCAUGUGUCAGAAUGAGGCCAAAGAGAAAAGUGAAUAGGUUUUCCUGCGCCAUCUACACCUGGUGGCCCCCAUGGGUCUACAAGAUGUAUGAUGCUGAGUUACUGAUGAAAAGGAUAAAAAUGGAGCUACAGAAGUGGGAUGUGACACUACAACCAAACAAACUCCCAAGCGACUGCACGAAACUCUCGUACUGGGUAACACAGAACCUGCCUGUGAACGACACACUGAAGCUCCAUCUGCUGAGCAUUAACAGUGCUGUACAGCGUCUCCGCUGUGCCCUCGGAAUCAUGGAGAAGUGUUCAGUGCUGUGUUGCCACCGCUGUACCAGGGAGGUGACCAGUAUGUCCAGUAUGUUCAGCAUGUCCGUGUCCGGGCCGCUGAGUGCCUAUGUCAACCCAGGGGGGCAUGUGCAUGAAACUGUUACAGUCCACCAUGUUAAAAACCUCUCCCUGUAUGGAAGACCUUCAACUGAACACAGCUGGUUCCCAGGCUAUGCAUGGACUAUAGCCCAGUGCAAGCGCUGUUCCAACCACAUGGGAUGGAAGUUCACGGCCACAAGGAAAGACCUUCAACCACAAAAAUUUUGGGGACUCUGCAGAACAUCACUCGCUCCCGGGAUUUCCGAUCCAGAUGAAAAUCCAGAUGUUGCAAGCUGGACACCGGUCAUGUGAUGUAUCAAGCUGGACACCGGUCAUGUGAUGUAUCAAGCUGGACACCGGUCAUGUGAUGUUGCAAGCUGGAAACCAGUCAUGUGAUGUUGCAAGCUGGACACCAGUCAUGUGAUGUUGCAAGCUGGACACCAGUCAUGUGAUGUUGCAAGCUGGACACCAGUCAUGUGAUGUUGCAAGCUGGACACCGGUCAUGUGAUGUUGCAAGCUGGAAACCAGUCAUGUGAUGUUGCAAGCUGGAAACCAGUCAUGUGAUGUUGCAAGCUGGACACCAGUCAUGUGAUGUAAUGAUGUAAAAAUGACUGUCUGUCUUGUGCUGAAUGAUGCCUAUUGUGCUAAUGAGAUGUAAUGUGAUCAUUUAUUUAUGCUCAUGCAUUCGCUGAAAGCGUUGCUGUCUGUUAACCAAUUUGUGCCGGCUUUUAGAGGUACACAUCAGUGUAACCUAUGUGUUCAUAAAAGAAAUGUCAAUAUACAUUACUUCAACAAGCUAGUUUUAGUUUAUGCUUGUCAAGGCAUAAAUUUUGUUUGAGGAUUAAUUAAAGAUUUUGAGAAUUCACAUUUAGAACCAUGUUUUGUCUAUUUGACAUAUAAGAUGUAAUACACAUUAUGUGGACAUGUCCAUUUUAUAAUAUUAACAUUUGCCUAGUCCUUUAUAAAGAUUAAUCAUGCAUUCAUAGUGUAUAACAUGUAAGGAGUUAUGAUGGCAUCUUUAUUUUAAUAUUGCGCUCGGAUUGGAUAAGCGUGACGUCAUUUAACCAAUGAUGUACGAUGUUACAAAUAUCAUAUAUUCUUUGAUACCAACUUAUGUUGUCGGAUAUUUCUUUCUUCAAAUACUCAAUCACAUUAGGUACUGCUAUUUUUAUCAUAAUGAAUAAUUAUUUGAAAUGUAAAUAUUAGUAUUAUCACAUUUUUUCCUGCAUUUAUGCUGAAUGAACACAGUAGUUCAAGCAAGCAAAAUACCAAGAACCACUAGCCCACUUUAUGGAAUUUGCUUGUGUGCCUUACUAAGUUCAUGCAGCAUAUAUGCAAUAAAGAAUGCUAUCAAUACAUAAUUGUAUCAGUUUGAAUGAUGUCAAACUUAUGUGAUAUCAAUAUUUUGUUUUCCUGUGAUAUAUGUGUUUGAAAUAGAAAUCAAAGUAUUUUUGAAAGCAUGUGGUAAUGUUAACUUUGUAAUUUCUUAGAAAUAGGAUUUUUCCCAUUCUAUCAGUUUGUAUUUUUAAAAUGUACAUCAUAUGACUCAUAAAGUGAUCUCUCACACAAUUCUUCUCAACAAGAUCUCUGUGGACAUCUUUGUUCUUUCACAGAGGUGAUAAGGUUGCAUCUUAUUCUUGUCCGAGUUUAACAACAAUGACUUAACCUAUGUUAAUAACCAUUUCAAGGAAUCAUCAAAAUUUUCUACAUUCCUGCGUGAUUAAGAUUCCCUCUUAUGUUAAAAUUAUAACUGAUACUGUUAGUCAGUUGGAGUAUUGAUAAGUUGUUAAAGUGACACUCUUGUUCAUACAUACACAUGUAUAACAAACAUAAAUUUUGGCUGAUAAACCUUCAACUACUUACUAAAUAAUGCAUUUAUGGAAAAUAUUAAUUACUGAUAACAAGAUUGUGACCGUGUUUUUAAUAGCUGAAAGUGCAAAAAUAUUAAAUGAUUGGUGAAUGCUAAAAGAUUUACUGCGAUCUACUAUCGUCUCAUAAGGUAGAAAUGCAGUGUUUUCUGCAUCUUUCAAAUUAAACUGGGUAUGAUCUUAAUAAAAUCCAUUGUUUUCAACAUUUAUUCACCCUUUUUGGUAUAUAAAAACAAUUAUAUUAAUUUUGGUAUAUCUUUUUUGGGAGUAAGAGUGCAUCUUUAAGUAUAUAAUGGGCUUUAUUAUGAGAGAUGACCCUAAACACUCUUGUACAAGUACAUGUAUGCCAUUGUGUGUACACUUGGGCAUCUAGGUUUGCGUACAGUGUACAAGUUUAGAAUGACAGAUGCAGGUAUCUGGGAUCAAACUAGAACAGGUUUAGAGAAAUAUUUUGCAAAAAAGGAAGAUAACACAACUUCAACUUUAAAGUACACGUCGACUCUGUGUUUCACAGCCUCUAUUGUUCUCUUGCUCUUUAUGUAAAGUUUAAAGCAGUCUGAAUAUUUACCAUAAGGUUAUUCUUAUUAACAUGCAACUUUAGCAUAUUUUUUAAAAAUAUUUUCAUCGUUCAAUUUUAAACAUAGCUUCUAGAGAUGUUAUUUGUAUUUAGAAUAUACAAGGAAAUGCAUGUAUGCAAUAUGAGUAUUCUGAUAUUCACCCAAUGAAUACACAUGUAUAGCAGUACAUGGGCAUAUACAGCUUGUAUGUUACAAGUUUGAAUUUGUAUAUUUUAAUAAAAAAAAAUUGUAAACAAAUACAGUUACUUUAUAGACAAUGUACGUGUGGACAGGGCUAUGACAGUCUGUAAUGUGCUUUUAUAGAAUGUCAAUAAUAUGGAUCUGUCUGAUUUGUUGUAGAACAGCAAGCCUUAAAUCAGAGAAUAAUGUCAUGUUUUUCUCAUGUGUCAUUCAACUUUUAAUCUAUCACAAAACAUCUAAUUUCACAUGUUUGUGUUUAUUGUUAAACAUAUUAGGUAUGCAAAAAUAGAUAUUUAAAUGACAUUUUGUGUCGAACAUUUGGGUUCACACCAUAAUGCUUUAGACUGGCUUCCCCUAUGAUCAUUGAAAUGUGAUGCGAUGUUCCCUAUGCUUUGUAUGGUGCAAAAACAUGUUGAAGUACAUUUUUAUAUGCUGUUGUUAUUAGAGUAUUAAAAUAAAUAUACACCUGUUGUUUUA